AUGAGCCGCUCAUCCGAAACCUGUUGGACCUGUCGAAUCCGCAAGAAGAGAUGCGAUCGGAAGCAGCCGGCCUGCAGUGCCUGUUACUCGCUAGACAUCACAUGCUACGCCGGUAACAGCCGCCCAAGCUGGGCCGAUGAUGCGCUUGAGCGAGAGAAGAUUGCAGAUGAAAUCAAGGCCCAAGUCAGAGAAAAGUCAGAACGUCGGCGUGAGAAGAGUUACGUGAAGGUGAUGCCCUUGGGGAGAGGUUGUGCAAAGAAUGGUGCACCAUCACCAAUUCAACGGAACCAGCAUCAGAUAGAGUCCCCCAAUCCCGGCCUGCUCGGACUGUUCGAAGACAUUGAAGUCGAUCUUGAAAUUACUUUUCUGGACUACGCUUUUCCUUUUCUCUUCCCGUUUUAUCGUCCCUCGCUGAUUAAAGGAGGGCGCGGCUGGCUGUUGUCAACUCUGAGGAAAAGCAUGCCGUUAUUCCACACGGCCAUGGGCUUCAGCACUUACUUCUUCACGCUCGCCAUGACGGACAUUGCAGACGAAGGACACGACACCUGCAGAGCCCACGUCGAGGGAAAGCUCACUGCUCACGUGGACACUGCAAUCAAGGCUAUGAGACAGGGGAUUGAAGAGUUGGGGACUGCCCAAAAACCCCCGUCGAUAUUCGACAGGGCACACCUUAUGGAGGGUGUUGUCCAGCUGCUAGUGUUUGAGACAAACAUUGCGGGAAGUACGGAAUGGGGCAUUCAUCUCAAUGCCGCGGUGUCUCUGUUCAAGGAGAUAUUCGAAAUGCCAAAUGCCCAAGAUGGCAGGACAGAUCUCGACUCGGUGCUGGCCAUGAUGCAAAGAUCUGGAUGGUCGACCGUGACCACCAACCACAGGAUAUGGAAUCCCGACCAAGGCGCCUUUCUUUUUCACGUCGCUUUUCUUAUCUUUGCCGAUAUCGUCUCGGCAACUAUUCGAGGUGAUUCUCCGAUGCUAAGGGACUAUUACCCCGUCUUGAUCAACGAGAAAGUCAUUGCAGAGAAUCCUCGGAGAUACUUGGACUUGGAAGAAUUUGUCGGCUGCCAGAGCUGGAUUAUUCUUUUGAUAGCUGAUAUCGCUGCUUUGGUGGAGGGGAAGAGGCAGGGCCGAGUGUCCCGCAAUGAUCUGCUUGUUGAAGGCAACAGGAUCGCGGAGAUGCUUCAGAAUGGCAUCACUAAUCUUCGUGCUGACCUGGGAAAACCCGCGUCUAUCAUGAAUUGUUUCUUCCGAGCCUACUCCAAUCCUGAAGCGCUCCCCCAAGCUCAUGAUACCACCUCGUAUAGCUUAAUAUGGGCACACGCAGCAGUCCUUUACCUAUUCGUCACUACAUCUGGAUGGCAGGACACGCACGGCAUUGUCCAGGAGAAUAUCACAUCGUCUCUCCAGCUUCUGGACGAGAUUUUCUCGCCAGGAAUUCUACGCAGCCUGGCGUGGCCAUUUUGCGUCAUUGGCUGCCUCGCUUCAGCAGACCAGGAAGAAAUCUUCCAGCGCAUUGCUUCCAGAAUGGGUCCUCUAUCAGCAUUUGGCACACUAUAUGAAGCGUUGAAGAUCAUGGAGCGAGUAUGGAGUACCCGCGGCCAAAGGAAUGUGGAAAACUGGGAUUUUUCAUACUGCUUCCGUAUACUAGGCUCAAUGCCUCUACUUAUCUGA